AUGUCACAAGCUUCAGCUGAUAGAGUUCUACGCCCAUUAGACGCUAAAGCUGAAUUUGAUGUUGUUGAAAUAGACAAACAAACUUUUCGAGGGGUUAAGCCAUUGAGAAAACCAAGCAAAGAGGUUAGAGGGGUAUUUGGUGGAAACAUUGUUGCACAGGCAAUUUUAGUUGCAAUGAGAUAUACACCGGGAUUUACUCCAAACUCGGUGCAUUCACAUUUCUUGAAAGCUGUUAAUGAAGAAACGCCACUUACUUGGAAAGUUGAAGAAACAUCGAGUGGGAAAUCAUUCACCACGAGGAAAGUGAUUGGGUUUCAAGAUGAUGUGCCGGUUUUCACAGCAAUGGUCUCAUUGACCACUAAAAACUCAGCAUCCAAAACGGGGCACAAGGAUAGCACGAAAAUGGAGUAUAGUGUCCCACCAGGAAAAACAUUGACUAGCCAAAGCCUCAAAGGAGAACCGCUGGCAUAUGCUUCACUCCCAUUGUUUAUAUUUCAAAAAAUUUUUGAAGAACAAAGGGAUAAAGAUUCGUAUGCGUUCCAAUUGAGAUGGGGUAUCAAAGAAGAUCCAAAUUUCCAUCAAAAGCUCGAAAAUGUAACACCGGAAUUCAAGUAUGUUGGUCUUGCAAUUUUAACAGAUUGGGUUGGAGUUGAAUUAUUGGUUCCACAUGUCGGUAUUAAAACUCCACCAAAGUUUGAAACUUCCAUCGAUCACAAUAUUUACUUCCACGAAGAUGAUUUUGAUAUCGAUCAAUGGUUUUCAUACGUAUUGAGGUUCAAGUGGAUUGGAAAUGAUAGGGCUUUAGUAAAAGCUGAUUUGUACACAGAGGAUAACAAGCAUGUGGUGACUAUUGUCCAGGAGAGGUUGUAUGUCACAAGUUCCAAGUUGUAG